AGGCCUUUCCCAAAGAGUAAGCAGGCCCAAUAGGCCCAAAUAGUUCUUCAUCAUUAUCCAAGUAUUUCCUGAACUGAAGAACAAUGGCACCCAAAUCAUGAGAGGUCUAGGGUUUUAGAGCUUCAGGGAUUACAAAAAUGGCGGCAACUGCUUCCCUAUCAACUCCAGCUUCAAGAAUCUUCUCUUUCUCUUCCCUAUCCCUAUCCCUCCGCCUCCGAACCCUCUCAACCGCCGCACGCGCCGCCGCCACCAUUAGUAAGAAGAAGCAAAAGGAGCACAGGCAGAGAGUGGCGACCAAAGAGAAGAGACGAACCCGCUCCGAUCGAGAGUUCGAGUUGGAGAGCAUCAAGCGUUAUGGCGACACCGCUUUCCACGUUCCCGUCCUCCUCGGCGAAGUCCUCGACGUUUUUCCCGCUUCCAAACCCCUCCGGCGAUUCGUCGACUGCACCCUCGGCGCUGCCGGCCACUCCUCCGCCAUAAUUGAAGCGCAUCCUGAAAUGGAAGUGUAUGUGGGACUUGAUGUUGAUCCCGUGGCGCUGGAGAAGGCUCGAGCUCGGAUUAGUGCUGUGCUGGACGACACGAAUUCGACCUUGAAAGCUUAUACAUUUUUGGAGAAUUUCAGGUGCAUCAAGUCUUUGCUUGCUGACGUGGAUGAGACAUUGCUCGACACUGGAAUUGAUGGCAUUGUGAUGGAUUUGGGGAUGUCGUCGAUGCAGGUGAAUGAUCCUCAGAGAGGGUUCAGUGUGCUUGCUAAUGGCCCUCUUGACAUGCGCAUGGAUCCUCAGGCCAGUUUGAAAGCAGAAGACAUUUUAAACUCUUGGCCAGAAACUGAGGUGGGGCGCAUCCUGCGAGAGUACGGGGAAGAAAGCAAUUGGUACUCUCUUCAAAACAAAAUAGUUAAAGCACGAUUACAAGGUGGAUUGCAUUCCACUGGUGAACUAGUAGAUCUUAUAAAGUCUGCAACCCCUUUAAGUCGAGAAGGGAGGCAAGGUUGGAUAAAGACAGCAACAAGGGUAUUCCAAGCUCUGAGGAUAGCAGUAAAUGAUGAGUUAAAGACACUGGAGGAUUCUUUAUAUGCAUGCUUUGACUGUCUUGCUCCUGGUGGUAGGCUUGCAGUCAUCUCUUUCCACAGUUUGGAGGACAGAAUUGUGAAACAAACAUUUCUUGACAUCAUCAACAUCAACGGUGGAGAUCAGGAUGCUUACAUGAUUGAAGAAGAAGCACGAAAGAAAGAUUUGAGUAAAACUAGAAUAGACAUUGAUGCAGACGAAGCAUGGAUCAGACAAAUGAUACAAGGCUUCAGAGGAACAAUUCUCACAAAGCGACCAAUUACGCCAUCUGAAGAGGAAGAGAAACUGAACACUCGGUCUAGGAGUGCCAAGCUUAGGGUGAUACAGAAACUUUAAUUGAAUUCAAAAGCCUAGACGGCUAGACUCGGUGAUAUCUGUAGCGCAAUAUUCUUCUGGUCUUUUAUCCCAUCUUUGCAACACUCUGUAUUAUUACCCCAUUAUUUACUCAUAUUAUAGCUAAUUAUUAGUCAAUUCUCACACUUCUUCACGAGACACCUUCGUGGUUUAGAGUAAUUGUUUGAGCCAUGACAUUGGCUCAGUUGAAGUUGAGC